CACCCCUUCGAUGACGUCAACAGGAUGUAAAUAGUCCACAUUGUGGUCCGUUAGGCCUUUUUCUCUCCGGUCUGGUUUGGGGCGGCAGGUUUUUCUGUCUCGGGAAGAGUAAACACCAAAGCGGCAAAAAUGAUUAUCUACAGGUGUACCAUAAGCGGCGAUGAGAUGUUCUCAGACGUCUACCCAAUCAAGGAGACUCCCAUCUUCUACGAAGUGGAAGGAAAGUACGUCACCACCUCGAACGACAUCGACGACUCUUUAAUCGGUGCCAACGCUUCGGCUGAGGAGCAGGGGGAAACAUCAGAGGCGUCGGUGGAGUCUGGCGUGAACAUCGUCCUUUUCCACAAACUGCAGCAGACGAUCUUCGACAAGAAGGCUUACCUCACCUACAUCAAGGAUUACGUCAAGAGCAUCAAGUCAAAGUUAGUAGAAUCCAACCCCGAGAGAGUGGAGAAGUUUGUGGCCGACGCCAAUUCUGAAAUCAAAAAGAUCCUCCCGAAUUUCAAGGAUUUCCUGUUUUACACAGGCGAGUCUAUGAACGUUGACGGUAUGGUUGGAAUUCUGGACUACCGUGAGGACAAUGUCACACCUUUCAUGCGCUUCUUUAAAGAUGGCCUCAUCGCUGAGAAAUGUUAACUCCAUGGACUAAUCUGUCAACUGGCUGCCGCUUCUUCCCAAAUGCCCCAAGAGCAGAGGGCAACUUGCGCUAUAUUUACAUCAUGGCCCAUUGGACAAAAGUUUUUUUUCACUUUUUCUUUUGAAAUCACCAGUGUUUGACUUUUUUUUCGCAGUACAACUGAAGGAAUAUGUUCAAGGCUCCCAGAUUUGGACUUUUGGGAUGUUUUAGCAAAUACAACUCUGCUUUCCCUUCCACUCUGGGUUCAUAGUUGCAUUUGAAAUUCCAUCCACAUUGCUUUUAAGUUUAAAAUAAAUCUGAGUACCAUCUUC